AUGAAGUCCCUCAAUUUGAUUAUUCUGGCACUUGCUAGCAUCGGCAGCGCUCGCUCCGCCGCUGUUCGACAAGAAGAUGUGACCCCAGAGAAAGUCUGCGAUUGGUUCGAGACCGGACGACACAAUUCGCCAACAAAGCCCGAUCAGAACUGCCGAUCUAAUGCACAGAAGUGCAUUGGGGACCAGGUAAAGAAGUCCAAUGUAUCUGACCAGGUCACCAAGGACGAUAUAACUCUCUGCACCUUUACACCUAUCAUUGUAAACCUACUUCGCGAACAGGACACAACCGACUUUAUGACCGUUUGCGACAGUCUCGACGUCGCACGCGAGACAUGCCACUCAAACACGGCUUGGUGUGUCAUGGAUUACGCUACCUUUACCAAGAGUAUAGUGGACAAGACUACCGCGCUGGCAGAGGUUCAGAGUUGCGUUGCCGGCAGAAUCCUAAACGAAGACGGAGAUGAUACCGCUAUCAAAUGCAAUUCCACACGGGCGGACGCGGACUUGGGACGCACGAUUUGCAGCGAAGAUUAUUUCGGAGAGGAUCCGGACAAGUGGGAUGAGGAGAGAGAACUGGUGAACAAGUGCAAGGAGGAGUUUGAUCGCAAGACGCCUAAAUCCGAUAUUCUCAAGCUUACCCAGCUUGGCCAGUACUGCCAAGAUCAGGGCGUCGAGUGCUCCAAGUGCAGAAUGUAUCUUCUGGAUGAGGAUAAGGGCGACAAGAGCUUUCUCGGCAGUUACAUUGUAAGAAUUGACCGUGUCUGUCCCGACAAGCCACAAAUUAAUAAUGGUGCUAAUCGUUUUCAUCUAGAGCGUCAUCGAGUGCCAGGCUGGAGCUCAAACGUCGUCUUCGAUCGAAUCCAACGGGGCCUGAACAUUGUAACCGCCCCGGAGUCAACACCAAAGACCGCACGUCGCUGCACUGGCCAAGUCAAGGUCGAUGCAACCACGAAGGAAUUCUUUGAGUUAGUUGACAGAAUGCAACAGGUGAAGCCAUGA